AUGACACCAACAAGAAGGUCCUGUGGGAAAAGGGGCCGUUCCUAUUCUUACAGAGAUUAUGAAAUUUGGAUCGACGAAGAGAAAGAGUAUGCCGUGAAAUGUAUAUGGGAACUGUCUUUUGAUAAAACUAACAAGGAAAUAUUCAAUGAAAAUAAAGAGUUGCAACAGCUACUUCAGGAACUCAAGUCAUCCUCUUCUACAGGCGUUUCUAAAGCUGCAGCUGGAGCAUUGUGGGUGUUAACUAUGGAGGAAAACAAUAAUACAACAUUAACAGGGGGUCUCGAAGGGAGGAGUGGGUCAUAUGGAGGUCAUGUGAUGAUCAGUUACCAGUGGACAGACCAGAAGCUGGUGCUGAAGAUCAAGGAAUCACUGCGCCAGAAAGGGUACAAGAUCUGGAUGGAUGUUGAUCACAUGGAGGGUUCAACGCUGCAGGCGAUGGCGGAGGCCGUUCAGAACGCUUCUGUGGUGUUGGUGUGUAUGUCGGAGAGGUACAAGCUGAGUCAGAACUGCAGGUCAGAGGCUGAGUAUGCUUUCUCGUUGGAGAAGAAGAUUGUCCCUCUUCUGAUGCAGAGGGCGUAUAAACCAGACGGGUGGUUGGGUAUGAUUAAAGGGACUUAA